AUGUCAUCAAGUCAACCACAAACGAACGGGGUUCCCGCCUCAUCGGCAGGCACUUCGCAACCAUUACCAAGCACACAGACCACGGCGGCCUCUUCUAGCCAACCCGCUGCUGCGGCCUCACAGAACGCACCUCCUCCAGCGCAAUCAACAACCGCCCCUCGACCGCGCGACUCAAGGCUUAUCGAACUACUGCUCACAUCGCAAGGCGUCACAGCUUACGAGCCACGCGUUCCCCUCCUCCUUCUCGACUUCGCCUACCGUCACACCUCAUCUGUUCUCAGCGAUGCGCUACACCUUUCCGGCGACCCAUAUGUCACACAGGCCGGCUCUAAGCCAUCAGCAAACGCUGGAGCAAUCUCAGCACCUGCAGGCGACGCUGCAGUCACGGCCAAUGCCGUUAAGCUCGCCAUUGCUGCGCGACUCAGCUACCAGUUCCGCGGAGGAAACGCAGGCGGGGGAAUUAGCAAGGACUACAUGCAAGAACUUGCGCGCGAACGCAACAAGGUGGCACUGCCUAAAAUUGUGCCCAGCGAAUGGGGUGUGCGACUACCAAGCGAACGGUUCGUACUGAGUGGCACAAGCUGGGGACUGAAGGAUGUAUGGGAUGAAGAAGACGACGAGGAAGAGGAUCAAGGGGGUGAUGCUAUGGAAGGUAUUGAGGGUCCCGAGCCUGAAGAUAUUGGCGGAGAUGGGGUUGAGGGUGGGACAGUGGAGGAUAUGUUUGGUGAAGAUGUCGACGAGGAAAUGGCAGAGGAGGGCUAG